CAAGCGCCGCGCGCGCGCCGGGGCUGAGCCUUGCAAACAAGUGUCUGUGGCAGUGUCCCCGCGGCCCUCAGGCGGCCCUCAUCGCGCUAGGGCUGGCUCCUCCGGACAGAAGGAACCGAGGAAGCCCGGGGAGCCACCGCCACCACCGUCGACCGGGAGCCCCGUGCAGGGGCCUUGGAAUCAGCGCGGCUGCUGGGCUCGUGGACGCGAGGUCGCAGCGCGGGCAGCGCCCCGGCUCUUAUGGAGCAGCUCCUGACAGAAUAACGCGCGUGGCUGUCCCCACCCCUGGGAGGGGUUGCCGGUGCCGCGAGCUGCCGCCCAGUUUGCAGUGCUCUCUCCUGGGAGGAUCCGUCACCGGGAAAGAGUAGAAACCACCUGGCCGAGGCACAGAAGUGGCUCUGGAGGGAGCCGGCGUGGAGUCCACUGCCUCGUGUCCUCUCUGGGCGCGGCGAUCGGGGAUCCGAGGGCCGGAGCCCAGGCGCAGCCGGGAGCUUGCGGGUGGCACAACCAGGCGCACCGCGGUCUGGGGUUCUGCUGAGCGGUCCCCCGCGCCGCGCGGGGUCCUGCAGCCCCGACUCACGGGCUGGAAGCCACGGAGAACCGCUGCCGCGGACUGCGGACCACCAUCGUCCCUCCUGAAAGCGGAUUCUGCUAUGACAGCUGGGCUCUCCAAGAGGUUAACCUGGGUGUCCUCGGCAAAGUUGUCGCCGAGCCCGGAGCCCGUUUAGGGGUCGCAGCGCCGCGACUCGGGGGACGGCCGGGUGGCCGGCGGCGGCCGUGGCUCGGCGGGACCCGCGGGGCCGGGGGGCUUCUGGGGGUGUGCGCCCCCAGCCGGCUGCCCUCGUGGAUGCCUCCCGGCGGCGGCGGGCCCAUGAAAGACUGCGAGUACAGUCAGAUCAGCACCCACAGCUCCUCCCCCAUGGAGUCUCCCCACAAGAAGAAGAAAAUCGCGGCCCGGAGGAAAUGGGAGGUGUUCCCAGGGAGAAAUAAGUUCUUUUGCAACGGGAGGAUCAUGAUGGCCCGGCAGACCGGCGUCUUCUAUCUGACGCUUAUCCUCAUCCUGGUCACUAGUGGACUCUUCUUCGCCUUCGACUGUCCAUACCUGGCAAUGAACAUCACCCCUGCCAUCCCUGUGGUCGGCGGCAUCCUGUUCUUCUUUGUCAUGGGGACUCUGCUACGGACCAGCUUCAGUGACCCGGGAGUCCUCCCUCGAGCCACUCCUGAUGAAGCCGCUGAUCUGGAAAGGCAAAUAGAUAUCGCCAACGGCACCAGUUCAGGGGGGUACCGCCCGCCUCCCAGAACCAAAGAAGUCAUCAUCAAUGGCCAGACUGUGAAACUAAAGUACUGUUUUACCUGCAAGAUUUUCCGCCCCCCUCGAGCCUCCCACUGCAGCCUGUGUGAUAACUGCGUAGAACGGUUUGAUCACCACUGUCCCUGGGUAGGCAACUGUGUGGGGAAAAGAAACUACAGAUUUUUUUAUAUGUUUAUUUUAUCCCUGUCUUUUCUGACAGUCUUUAUAUUUGCAUUCGUUAUCACCCACGUCAUUCUUCGUUCACAGCAAACAGGAUUCCUCAAUGCCCUUAAGGACAGCCCAGCGAGUGUGCUAGAGGCCGUGGUAUGCUUCUUCUCUGUCUGGUCCAUCGUUGGCCUCUCAGGUUUCCACACGUACUUGAUCAGCUCCAACCAAACAACAAAUGAAGAUAUCAAAGGAUCUUGGUCCAAUAAAAGAGGUAAAGAAAAUUACAAUCCCUACAGCUAUGGAAACAUCUUCACAAAUUGCUGUGUCGCCCUAUGUGGGCCCAUCUCUCCCAGCCUAAUCGACAGAAGAGGCUACAUCCAGCCCGACACGCCACAGCCAGCACCACCAUCAAAUGGGAUCACCAUGUACGGGGCCACGCAGUCGCAGAGUGACAUGUGUGACCAAGACCAGUGCAUUCAGAGCACCAAAUUCGUUUUGCAGGCCGCAGCUACUCCCCUGCUUCAGAGCGAGCCCAGCCUCACCAGCGAAGAGCUGCAUAUGCCUGGGAAGGCGGGCCUGGGCACCCCUUGUGCUAGCCUGACACUGGGCCAGCCCACACCACCCUCCUCCAUGCCCAACCUUGCCACGGAGGCCACACUCUCAGACAUUACGCCCCUGAAGGACGAGCACGGGGGCCACCAGUUUCUGACCCCAGACGAGGCGCCCUCACCGCCAAGGAUGCUGGGGGCAGGCAGCCCCCUGGCACACAGCCGUACUAUGCACAUACUGGGCCUGGCCAGCCAGGACUCCCUGCACGAAGACUCUGUGCGGGGCUUGGUAAAGCUCAGCUCCGUGUGACCUGCGUGGCCAGCCCUGGGACCACAGAUGACAGACUAAAACAAAAGCAAAAAGAAAUGGACAGAGUCAAGUGGACGACGUUAAUGUUUGGAAUCUGCAGAGUGGGCCAGAGGAGGGAAGUCGCUCAAGGAAGGAGCCUGGAAAUGAAAGAGGCUGCGUGGAUGCUGCGCCCUCUGUCGGCUGCUAUUGGGACAGACACGAGGAAGGUUUCCUAUGCGGGGCGGCCAGAUUGAAACUGCACUUACUGUUAAGCUACUAAUUGAAAUCGACCCGCCUUUCCACUUGUUCAUUAAAACAAAACAAAAAUCCCAAAGGGAAAAGCCGACCAGACAUGGGUUUGCAUGCCACACUACAGUCUGUGUUACAGUGGUGGUAUUCCAGAAGAAACGCUGCUUUCUCUGUUUUUCCUUCUUUUUAAUCUUGUGAAACUUUCCAGUGCGACAGACUGAGCCCAAUGGACAAUACCAUCCUGUGUGACUUACUGGACUUAGCUGUAUGCGGAUGGACAUCCCCUGCUGCAGAGGGCUACUGGGGUCUGUCUCUCCUGCCCUGGACAGACGUUUUACCUUCUGUCAAUGCUUAGGUGGAGUGUUGUAUUGGGACACCAUGUGGCAAUCCUGCCUCCUGUGUAAUGAACUUUCUGUGGACAGCCAAUAAAGUGACUCCUCUGUUAUUUUCUUGAUCUGUACAUGGUUGU